AACUGUUGCUAUGGCGACGUUUUUGUCUUGAAACAAUUUGCUUGAUUUUAAUAUGAAAGAGUUUAUUUUGAACGGAUAAAUUGUGAUUAUUUUCAAAUUUUACGGUUCCUGUUUCUAAUUUUAGCAAAACGAAGUCAUGUCACAAAGUUAUUACAACAAGAAAUGGCUAGAGGCACAGAUGACUCUCAGUUCCAUUGUGACUUAUGAGAAACCAUUCAAGGAUGCUCCUCCAGAUAACAACAAGGUGUCAGUUUUCAACAAACUUGCUACAAUGUAUAUAAGGUACAUUCAGGUAUUUAGGACAUUAGAGCAGUGCUAUGAUCAGAUUGUACAUCCCCAGAAACGGCGCCUCCUUCGAGUUAUUCUGGAAAAUACAGCAGGAAGAUUUCUUGAGUUGAAGCAAGAGCUUGUAACGCUGGAGGCCACGGAUUUCAACUAUUAUGACGACAUAACGUUGAAUUUAAAAUUAACGCCUCACGAUUUGGAAAUUCCCAUUCCGAGGUAUUUCCUGUUGGAGAAACAGAAAGUGAUGCAGGGUAGGGAAAGGCUGCUGGGUAUGAUCUUAUCUAGGCUUGUUAAAAAAGAUCCGGAAAAGGUCGUUAAACCGGAAUCGAUGUAUGCCACAAAGGAGGAGCAAGUAAUGAGCAUGGAGGAUGCCCUUAAGAUUAUACAAAUUCACGAGAGGGCUAGACAGGGCAGACAGAGGGCUUACUUUAUGAGCGAGUUGAGAAGGGAGGAAGAACUGAUGAAAGAGAGAAUGUCGCGAGCGAAAAACCUCGCCCUGUCUGAGAUGAACGAACUCGACGCCGUCCUCAUCUUACAGAAGACGUGGAGAGGUUUCUCUCAGAGAUUGAAGACGAGGCAAAUGCGGGAGGAGGAAGCUGUCUUUCUCGGAAUGGCUCUGCCAAAAACAGCGGACCCCGCAAAAACUUCCGUGGCCCUUCAGACCCAGAUGGAAGAGGACAGACGACUGGUGCAGGAGAUGAACGAGAGUGAGUUCAUACAGGCCCUUGUGAUAAUUAAGGAAAAGGUCAGAGAGCAGGAAGGCCCAGAUAUGAAAGAAACCCUAACUGAACAAAUUAGGCAGUGGUUUCUUGAGUGUAGAGAUGCCGUGGGAAGAUUCCCAAACUUUCCGUCGGAAGCUGAGGGCGGAUCAUUGAAGUUAUUUAAGGAUAAAGAUCCCAUUGAAGUUUUCAAGGAACUUGAAGAAGCAGAAAACGAAAAAAAUAAGAAGAAAGAGAAGGGAGAUAAGAGCAAGAAGAAGGGUAAAGAGAAAGAGAAGAAAGAUGAAAAGAAGAAAAAAAAGUCUGGGGACGAAGGCUGGAAAAUGAAGGAGUCAAAUUUCCUGAAAGAUCUCGAAGAGACAUCCAUCAAAUAUUCAAAUACGUGGGUAAACAAAGAUGAGGAUUGGAACUUCCUACAAAGAUACGACGCGGAUCUCAUCCGAGUUGAGAAGAGGGAAGAGGUGGAGAACGAAAUCCGACUGCAGGUCGAUGAGCUAAUGAGACAAGAAUUGAAAAAUUUGAAAUUGGCCAUCGACAAAGAUAAAGGCAAAAAGGGCAAAGGUAAGAGUAAAUCGGGCAAGAAGAAGGGCAAGAAAGGGGGCAAGAAGGGUAAAAAACAGAAAGAUUUGACGCCUGAUAGGUCGCUGAUGAUCCUGAAGGAAUCCCGCCAUUUGCUACACGUUUCACCGCGCUUUGCAAGGCAGCAUACCUCCAUGAAGAAUAAGAAGAAGGAUAGAGAUAUGACAGGAAAUAGGUCGAAAACAAUCGAAUCACUGUACGAAGAACUGGUAUGCGAGGGAAUCAUAAAGCGACCUGCAAAAUGUAAAUUGAAAGAUUUCGUCGGCGAGUAUUCGUAUAUCGGUACCCUCCUGAAACUGGCGAAUAUCGAACCCAGCCCAUCUCUAGGAGAUGUUCGGAGGAUCAUUACCGAGUACGCCAUUUUGCCUCUUGGCUCAGCAGUGGUGCACGAGAAAGCGCCCUUGACCAAGUCAAUACUGCUAGCCGGACCUGUUGGCACUGGCAAAAAGAUGUUAGUGAACGCCAUCUGCAACGAGACUGGAGCCAAUUUGAUCGACCUAACGGCCACAAAUAUCACGGGCAAGUAUCCCGGGAAAGAUGGUCUGAAGUUACUGCUGCAUAUGGUCUUCAAGAUAGGCAAGGCUCUGCAGCCCAGCGUUAUAUUCAUUGAUGACUGUGAGAAGAUGUUCAAGAAGAAACUCGCUAAGAACGAUAUGUCAGACCCCAAGAGAUUGAGGAAGGAACUGCCAAAAGCCUUGAAGUUAGUCAAGGGUGAGGAUAGGAUAUUAUUAGUUGGAACCUCUAAGGCGCCCUUUGAAGGCGAAGUUAAACCGAUGUCCUCCCUAUACCAGCGUAUCAUUGUCAUUCCCAGGCCGGAUUAUGAUUCCAGAAGAUUGAUCUGGGGGGAACUGAUCCUAAGAAACAAAGGAACGAUAACCAACGCACUUGACCUCGGAUCUCUGGCCAAGGUCACUGACGGAUACACCCCAGGGUCCAUCUCGAACGCCUGCCUAAACAUCCUAACUGAAAUCCGACUGAAGAAUAUUGACCAUCACCCGCUGACAGCUAGUGAAUUUAUUCCCGCAUUAUCGACCAUGGAUCCGGUAUUUAAGGAAGAGGAAGAAGCUUAUAAGACGUGGUACGUGAAAACGCCGUUGGGCAAAAAGCGCGCUAAAAUAUUGGCGGGAGAUGAGGAGGACCCCAAAGCAAAGAAUAAAAAACCAAACGAAAAAGAUAAAGGGAAAAAGAAAAAAAAAUAA